CGAACAGUUAUGCAAUGGCUUUCGCCUUAUCGAUUAUUUGGGAUGUGUAGUCAUGCGCAUCAACUUUACCAGUGUUAAGGCAAAGAAAAAAACUACAAACCCCGACAGGCUUAGCGGCACAUUGCUUCACUAGUUACACACUGUAUGUAGUUCGCUCGACUUGAAAAAUCCGUCUAUGAUUCAGUUCAUUAAUAAAUAAAGAGUUGGAUGUCAUGGCGGAAUCUGCAGCAUUUCCUGCUUUUCAGCUCGGGAAACCCCGAUACGAUCAGAGUUCAUUCCUUGGUCGUCUGAGACAUUUCGUAGAUAUCAUUGACCCCAGCACCCUGUUUGUGUCAGAGAAACGGUUAAAAGAAUGCAUCAAACUCCUUGAUGACUAUAAGCAUGGCACACUUCCUCCUGGAGUGUCUGAAGUUCAGCUGUGGGAGGCCCAGAAAAUCAAGCAGGCCAUCAUUCAUCCUGACACAGGAGAGAAGAUCUUCAUGCCAUUCCGAAUGUCAGGUUAUGUACCAUUUGGAACACCAAUUGUCAUUGGCCUUCUUCUCCCAAACCAGACUGUGAUGUCUACCAUUAUAUGGCAGUGGUUGAACCAGAGUCACAAUGCCUGUGUGAACUAUGCAAACCGCAAUGCCACAAAGCCUACGCCAACAUCCAAGUUUCUUCAAGGCUAUACAGGGGCUGUGACAAGUGCUGUCUCUAUUGCAGUGGGACUGAAUGUGCUGAUUGAGAGGGCCAACAAGCUGAGCCCUGCCACUAGAACCAUUAUACAGAGAUUUGUCCCCUUCCCAGCUGUAGCGAGCGCAAACAUCUGUAAUGUGGGCCUGAUGAGACACAAUGAGCUCUCUGAAGGCAUCGAUGUGCUGGACAGCAACGGCAACGUGGUGGGAUCCUCCAAAAUUGCCGCAAGACACGCAAUAAUGGAAACCGCCUUCACACGUGUGGUCCUACCAAUGCCAAUCUUUGUCCUGCCUCCCAUCAUCAUGUCCUACCUCGAGAGGCUGCGAUUCCUGCAGCGCAACCGCAGAUUGUUGCUGCCCAUCCACAGCAUUGUGUGCCUGGUUACGUUUGGACUUUCCCUGCCCGUGGCCAUCAGCCUGUUCCCACAGAUGUCUCAGAUUGAGGUGUCUCGCCUUGAGCCGGAAAUCGCCAUGGCAACUGAUUGCAAGGUUGUAACCUACAACAAGGGUUUAUGAUAGAUGACGUGUUGUGUGAGAACUGAGGCUGCGUUGUGAAUAUCUGACACUGAGAACCUACUGCAGGGUUAUGGAUCGAUCUGCUGCAUUAUUAUCACUGUAGAGACUGUAGGUCCCGGUGUACUUUCCCAGUGUUAUUAAUCCUGUUUCUACUGCUCUAAAGAUCACAGUGAUUACUAUGUCAGAUCUCUUUCAGAGCUUGAAAAAGCCACAGAUUCUUUUCUUGAUUACUGUUUUUUAUAGAAACCAUUUUUUACUGUGUUUUUAGCAUGAAUUAAUAAUCUGAUAUGUACAAUAUAUGUUACAAGUACAGUCUAGGUUUAUCUGAAUCUGUUUUGAUGAAUGACAAAAGCUCAUCAGUGCUGCUUAAAUCUGCCAUCCAUGGUGUGUUAUCUACUUGAUGUUGGUGGUAACACUAAAAGCAACAUUUUCCCCCUUUUCAUGUGACAAACCUGUUAACAGAGCACUACCUACAGUAGUACAACUAGCAGAAACAGAGAAAUGCAACAAUUCAUGUGAAGUUGAUCUUUUGACCAGGUGAUGAAUUGAAGUCCAAUAUUUGUUCUCUCUGUAACUUCAGAUGCUCAACGUGCCACUAUUGCCAUUAACAAGUUGUCUGAGCUUUUUUUUUUAUAAAGCUGCUUGUUAACCAAAACAGUGAAGUGUGGGAGCUGGGAAACAAAAACAUAGUGGUAGAAGAGGGUAAAAAGCUCUGUGGAAGCAUAGGUGUUGCAGCAUAUUUGGGUUUUUCUCUUUGGGCCAUCACAGCUAAUUUCACAGAGCUAUGAUUUUUUUUUUUUUUUUUUUUUUAGCUGCUUUUAUGCUUUCCAUAUCCAGAAGCACUUCGUCUCCUCUAAGAAUGUCACCAUUGUUAAAAUGCAUUCCAGAAGAAAGAGUGAGGAGGAAAGAAAGGUGUGACACAUUAAGCUGUCACAAGCACUUACGCACAUCUGACACAUGCUGCAGAAGAUCAGCUGGAAUUAAUCCUUUAUCGGGCACUCAAACACUUGGAAAUUUAAAUUUUCAUAGUGUUAUAAUAUUUGAGAAUAUUAGAAGACUUUAAACUUGUAUACAUUUUUCUAAAAUAACUAAAGUUACACAGAAGUAAGUGGUCAGUGCUAACAUUUAUUUCAAAUUUCUUACGUUAAAGACCAGUCUCAGUGAAGUAGCCUGGUAGCCUGAUCUUUGAUGGCUGGUGUGGAGAACUCAGUAUGAUUCGAUGAUUUCAUGCACUAGCAUGCAAAGGCAUUUUGAAUAUCCAGUGAAGUGCACUAAUAAGGUCAUUUCUCAACAAAGGAUUAAAUAAUGUUGCAACUGUAACAAAAACUGGGUCAACUGGCUUUUAACAAAGUUUUCUCAUUUUGUUAAAUACCUGUCAGCACAAUUUCUCAGUUUCUUGUUCAUCUUUCUAAGAAGAAAGGGUUAGGGUGUGAGGAGAGUAGCCAAGGAAAACAAUAAACGAUGUACAAACUGGGGAAUUAGAGGAGCGGUAUGUGUGUGUGAACCAGCCUCAACAGCUGACAUACAGGAAUGUAGCAUGGUACUUGUCACAAGCAAACAGUGAUUCCAACAAGAUUUAUCUCCAGGUUCACCAUUCUUAAUUAAUCAGCUACAUUGUGAGAAAUCCUUCUGGCAGCCCAUUAACUUCCAAAUGAGUGGGUCCCAGAGUUGUUAUGCCUCACUUGGCCUCAUUAAUUGAUGUCUACUUAGAAGCUUUUAUCUCUGGUUACAUAUCACAUGACCAGUUUGGAUUUAUUUUUCUUUAGAGAGAGAGGUAAACAUUCUUUAUUUGAGAUAAAAGAAGAGGGAAAAAAUGUUAGAAAUUUAUUUUUGCUUUUCUGUGAUGUUCGUUAUUAUUACAUAAGUCUGGAGACUCUUUAUAAGGUGCUAACCCCCAGUUUGAGAACUGGUCGGCUCCCCUACUGUAUGAAUCAGAGGUUUUAGAGCCUGAUAUAUACUGGAUUUUUAACAUUUUUCAUGAGGAUGUUUUAAAUGAACAAACUACUGAGUGUUGACAAUGACACCUUUUACCUGAAAAGAUAAUCAAUUUUAAAAUGAGCUUAUUGGCGCCCUCUGGUGGACAAAUAAAGACCGUUCUGGGCUGCUAUUUCCUGUUGCUAAUCAGUCCACACACACACUGCCAAUAAUAUAUGUCCCAGCUUGUUAGACUACAGUGUUGGAAAGCAGUUAAAAGUUUCUGACUUGUUGGUAACAAUGCUAUAAAUCUCAGCAUAUAUACAGGCUUAGAAACGUCCUCAGAGGACUGAGUGGAGUCAACUGUCAGGCUUCAUGGCUGAUAUAAACUGCUGAAGAUUCUUGACGACCAUGGACCAAUAUAACAAUGUGAAACCUCGCCGUCAGUGGAUACACAUGUCUGUGAGCGCACACAGAGAUCUGUGCACUUUUUAAAGGAGAUUUCACUCCAGAUGUUUUUAACCCACAAAUGUGAAGAAACAGAAUUGAUUUGGUACUAACUUUCUGUCUUACCUUGUUUUCAGGACAUUUUCCUGCAAUACUGACUGUUGUUAAACCACUGCUGUAGAUUACCUAAUAAGCUGUUUUGUACAAUAACUCAAACACAGUUAUACCAUAUAUAUUAAACAACUGAUGAUGCUAUGUAAUCCUUUAUAUAAUAAUUGUAUUGUUACAAUAUUGUUAAAUGUUUGCUAGUCGAACAAUGUAAACAUAUAUAUAUAUAUAAUUUUACAAUAUAUGCAUAAUAAAUGCUCUUUCACUGAAUGUUAAUGUUUUUCUCUGAUUCAGCUGCAUAGUUUUGGUGAAAGAACUUCUCUGGACAUUUC